ACAAACCCUACCAAAACCCCACAACCUCUCAAACUCUCAAACACCAUUUCUCUCUCUGCAACCUUCUACGAUAACAUGACAUAAGUUACAUAAGGGAGUCUCUGAGUUUGAGUUUCCACAUUCUUGCUCUGCAAGCCAAUCCUUCCCCACUAAACCUCUCUAAAGACUCUCCCUUCUCCCACACAAAAUCUCAACUCAGAGGGUUUUUACCUGGAGGGGAAAAAAGGAGAAGCAAAAAUGGCUAAAUCAUUUGCGCUGGGGCUCAUAUCAGCCCUGGCAGCCUCGUCUUCGACCUCCUUAUCAUCCCAAUCCAACUUGGCUUAUGCUGAUGGGUCUUUCAAACUCUCUCCAUUUUCUUCUUCUUCUUCACCUACUCCUCCUCCUGGGCAAUCUCAUCCGUCCAAUCCGCCAGAAUCUGAGGCUAAUACCGAGUCUUCUUCUCCGCCGAGGAUUCGGAAUGAUAAUCCUAGGACCACAUCUGCGGGGUUCGACCCGGAGGCGCUGGAGCGGGGGGCCAAGGCGUUGAAGGAGAUCACCGAUUCCUCUCAUGCCAAGAAGGUGUUUGAAUUUAUCAAGAAGAAAGAAGAGACAAGGCAAACAGAGAUGGAAUCAAAGGUUGCAGAGUUCAAGGCACUGCAAGCUCAAGCUGAAACUGAGAGACAAAGGGUAAUAUAUGAUGAACAGAGGAAGCUAGCUCAGCAUCAAGCACAAACAAAAUCCCAAAUGGCUCGCUAUGAGGAUGAAUUGGCAAGGAAGAGGAUGCAGGCAGAAAAUGAGCACCAGAGAGCGAGGAAUCAAGAGCUUGUAAAGCUACAAGAAGAAUCAUCAAUUAGGCAGGAGCAAGCUCGACGGGCAACAGAAGAGCAGAUUCAAGCACAACGUCGGCAAACAGAGAGGGAGAAGGCUGAGAUAGAACGUGAAACCAUCAGAGUGAGAGCUAUGGCAGAAGCAGAAGGGAGAGCCCACGAAGCAAAGUUAGCUGAAGAGGUUAACAGACGGAUUCUUGUUGAUCGUGCAAAUGCAGAGAGAGAGAAAUGGGUAGCUGCGAUAAAUACUACUUUUGAACAUAUUGGAGGUGGUUUGAGAGCCAUUCUAACCGAUCAAAAUAAGUUGGUUGUAUUUGUUGGGGGAGUGACAGCUCUAGCUGCAGGGGUUUACACCACAAGGGAAGGUGCAAAGGUGAUAUGGAGCUAUGUUGAUAGAAUAUUAGGACAACCAUCACUGAUUAGAGAGUCCUCCAGAGGGAAAUAUCCGUGGUCGGGCUUGUUUUCUCGUGCCAUGAGCACAGUUUCCCGUGGUGGUGAGAAGGGAUCUUCAUUGAAGAAUGGGAAUGGUUUUGGUGAUGUAAUUUUACAUUCUUCUCUUCAAAAAAGGAUUGAACAGCUGGCUGGUGCAACUGCCAAUACGAAAUCCCAUCAGGCACCAUUCCGGAACAUGCUCUUCUAUGGUCCUCCAGGAACGGGAAAAACAAUGGCUGCUAGAGAGCUGGCUCGUAAAUCUGGAUUGGAUUAUGCAUUGAUGACUGGAGGAGAUGUUGCUCCAUUGGGACCUCAGGCUGUCACCAAGAUACACCAGUUGUUUGAUUGGGCCAAGAAGUCAAGGAAAGGUUUAUUGCUUUUCAUUGAUGAAGCUGAUGCAUUUCUGUGCGAGCGGAACAAAACCUACAUGAGUGAAGCUCAAAGAAGUGCACUCAAUGCCCUCCUUUUCCGCACGGGUGACCAGUCGAAGGACAUAGUACUUGCUCUCGCUACAAAUCGCCCUGGUGAUCUUGAUUCAGCUGUGGCAGACCGUAUUGAUGAAGCUUUGGAAUUUCCAUUGCCUGGGGAACAGGAACGCUUCAAGCUUCUAAAACUGUACCUGGACAAGUAUAUAGCUCAUGCUGGACCGAAGAAAUCUAGUUGGAUCCAAAAUUUGUUCAAAAGGGAACAGCAGAAGAUAGAGAUUAAGGGGUUGACUGAUGAUAUAUUAAGGGAAGCGGCAGCUAAAACUGAGGGAUUCUCUGGAAGAGAAAUAGCGAAAUUGAUGGCGAGUGUUCAAGCAGCUGUCUAUGGGAGUGAGAACUGUGUGCUUGAUCCAAGCCUGUUCCGAGAGGUGGUAGAUUAUAAAGUCGCAGAGCAUCAACAGAGAAGCAAACUGGCAGCUGAUAAAGGUAGUGCAUGAUGCUUUGUGUAACAGGGGCAAUUCAUGUAUUAACGUGGUCAUUAUUGGCAGGUUUUUUUUUCCGCUUAGCUGUUAGGAACGGCCCAUUUUUUUUAGUUCUGGGCAUCAUGAUCUUAUCAUUAUUUGGCCCCUGUUCAUUUGGGGAUUUUGGUCUUAUGAGGCAUAUCUUAAGGUUAUUCGAGAUUAUUAUUGCUCAUGAUAAUUAAUAUCUGUUAAAAUAGUUUCUUGCUAUCCUUAUAGUUGGGUUUUGUGCCAAUUGGAUUUUGUUAAUAAAAGUCAAAUGCUGGUGAUGGUGAUAACUGAAUUCACUCGUAGUUUAUGUACUUGUUACAAUUGUUUU